GUUUCUCUGUAAAGUGUUUGUAAAGUUAUGUUCAAAAAUUUGACAAGUGCAUUAGUGAAAAGUGAACUUUAUAACAUUUUAACGUUAAAUCUUGCACCUCAAACCAGAACCCUGGCUACCAAUCCUGAAGAAAUUAUUUCUAAACAUUCUCAAUUUCUAAAAACCUUAUUUUUGGAGUCGGUAAAAUCCGUUCAACCUUCGACAUUGAUCAAAAACAAAAUAAAAGUCACUGAGAGCCAUCUGUCGGUUGGUGGACGAACUUUCGCAUUACAGAAACCAUGCUAUAUUGUCGGUUUUGGAAAGGCAGUUCUCGGAACGGCUGUGGAGUUGGAAAAAGCCUUGUGUGAUGGAUUACAGAGGGCGAUAGUGACCGUUCCAAAAGGAAUUUUUGAACAAUAUCCGAAUUUCAAGGAAUUUUUGAGGAAAACUGAAUGUAUUGAGGGGGCUGUGAAUAAUAUUCCUGACGAAGAUGCGAUGGACGGGGCUAGAAAAAUUAAGGAAUUGGUUGAAACGUUAGGAGAGGAUGAUUUGUUGAUAGUCUUGAUUUCAGGUGGUGGUUCGGCACUGUUGCCAUUGCCAAAACCCCCAAUAUCGUUACAAGAGAAACAAAACCUUAUAAGAAGUCUUAGCAAAAGCGGUGCCAAUAUACAUGAACUAAAUGCUAUCAGAAAACAAUUAUCAGUUUUAAAGGGCGGAGGUUUGGCGAGACUGGCCCGUCCCUGUCCAGUGGUCUCUUUGAUCCUCUCCGACGUCGUGGGCGACCCUUUGGACGUGAUAGCCAGCGGACCCACCGUGUCCAGUCUGGACGAUCCAAGGGAAGCAAUUAAGAUUUUAGAAAAAUAUAAUCUCUACACCACUCUACCAUCGAGUAUAAAAACAGUGCUUGAUUCCUCGCAUCAACCAUUUCAAAACCAUUCUACACUUCAAGAUCAAUCUUCAAACAACACAUUUAAUCACGUUUUCAACUUUGUUAUUGGUACCAACAAAAUAGCUACUAAAGCAGCUGAAAAUUUAGCUAUCGAAAACGGAUAUCAAUGCGCUGUGAUAUCGCACAAAGUUGAAGCUGAUGUUGAUGUUUUGGCUGGGCAUUAUUCUGAAUUGGCUAGAGAAAUAUUAGCUGGAAAAAGUUGUAAGGUGAUGAAAAUACUGCAAGAGCUUCCGUUUGAGUUGGAAGAAGACGGUGUUGAGAAGUUGAUGGGAUUUGGUUUUAAAAAGAAAAUGCUUUUGAUUUUUGCCGGAGAGCCAACAGUUGUUGUCAGAGGCACAGGCAAAGGCGGCAGAAACCAGCAAUUAGCCCUAUCCCUCUCUCUGCAACUUAAUAACUGGCAAGAAGCAUCGCCUUCCGGCAAAUCUGGAAAUAUUUCUUUCCUUAGCGCGGGCACAGAUGGCAUAGAUGGGCCCACAGACGCCGCCGGAGCCGUCGGAUACUCCGGAUUAGUCCGGGAAUGUUCCGGGCUGGAUAUUAACCCGGAGCCGUACUUAAAAAACAACGAUUCGUACGGAUUCUCCUCUUUGUUUCGGGACGGGGAAUGUCUGGUUAGGAUCGGGCAUUCGGGGACUAACGUUAUGGAUUUGCAUUUCUUGUUAAUUGAUCCGGAAGAUUAAUAAAUAAAUACUUGCUGUUUUAAAGUUAUAAAGAUUAUAAAUUGACAUAAGUAAAUGCG